UGAACCUAAGAGUGACAUUAACAAAUAACGAGUGAAUAUAACAGUGUCAAAGACGAACUGUAAUUACAAAAAGAGCUCAAUUAAAUCAAGUAUUAUAUAAUGUGAAGUUUUAACGAGCAAAUAUGGGGAUGUGGAUAAUAAGUGAUGGGAUGAUGAAGUUAGUCCUGUGGAACUUCCUACUGGCAAUGUCAGUGGACCGUGUAAUAGGGACAGGCGAAUGGAGCGAAGAUGCGGAGGACUUAGUAUCAACAGUGGACGUGGAUGCGGUGCUCGGGCGGACUGCGUCGCUUCCUUGUGACGUCACACCGGAUACGAACGAAGAUAGAGUAUACAUGGUGCUCUGGUUUCGGAAAAGCGGCGGAAAACCAAUAUACAGUUUUGACGUGCGAGGGCGUUCAUUUAAUAAAGCAUUACAGUGGUCUGACCCUGGGGCCUUCGGUCCUCGGGCUUACUUCGCAACUGUGGCCCGACCAGCAGCUCUAACACUGAGCUCGGUACAGCUGGACGAUGAAGGUGUAUAUAGAUGUCGUGUUGAUUUCAAAAACUCACCAACAAGAAAUUUUCAGAUUCGACUUAUUGUUAUAGUGCCUCCUCAUCAAAUGUUGUUAUACGACAAAUCAGGAGCUGAUGUAUCGGGUAUUGUUGGCCCUUUAGUGGAAGGGGCCGCAUUAGUGCUCGUUUGUGAAGUACGGGGAGGUCGUCCAGAACCAAUAGUAACCUGGCUGAUAGAUGGUACACCAGCUCCACAGUAUAUAGGCGAAAAGACAGAUAAUCACGUGGUGGUGAACAGAUUAGAGCUUCAGCAUGUGAAGAGGGAGGAUCUUAAUAAAACAUUUAAAUGCCGAGCAUCCAACACGUUGCUUGUACCUGCGCAAGAGAAGAUCGUUAGACUCGAAAUUAAUUUGCCUCCGUUAUCAGUUUCUUUGGUAAGUCGACCGAUGCAACUACUCGCUGGCGCGGCAGCAACAUUGCGAUGCGUCGCUGAAGGUAGCCGACCUCCAGCGCAAAUUACUUGGUUCAAGGACAAUCGAAGCUUUGAAAAGGAAAAAGUAAGUGACCACUCGAAUGAAACUUGGACGGUGAGUACGCUGAUCUUCAAUCCGGCUCCGGAGGACCACGGUGUCACGGUGAAGUGUGUCGCUGCGAAUACUGCUUUACCUGAAAAAACAAUAGACGAUCAAGUUAAACUAAAUGUCGUAUACAGUCCGUUAUUGACAUUGACCCUUGGAAGCACUCUCAACCCUCACGACAUCAAAGAAGGCGAUGACGUGUACUUCGAAUGUAAUGUGCGUGCCAACCCCAGGGAACACAGGAUAUCGUGGUAUCAUAAUGAUAGACCAGUUACACAGAACAUGACGUCUGGCAUCAUUUUAAGUACGAGAUCGCUUGUACUGCAGAAAGUGACGAGACAGGAAGCCGGACAUUACUCCUGUAGAGCUGCAAAUGCUAGGGGAGAGACUUCCAGUGAAAGUGUCCGGCUCCGUGUACAAUAUGCACCAGUUUGUGGUAUGUCGUCGCCUCAGGUAGUUGGGGCGGCGCUGGAUGAAUCGCUACACGUCCGAUGUUCAGUGCAGGCAGACCCCUCUGACGUCUCGUUUCUUUGGCAAUUCAAUAAUAGUGGGGAGAGUUUUAAUGUUUCACCAGCGAGAUAUGGUACAUUGAAUGGCAGUACGAGCGAGCUUCGUUACACGCCUGCCAGCGAAAGAGACUACGGAGCGCUGACGUGCCGGGGAACAAACACCGUCGGUCAACAAGCUCAGCCUUGUGUCUUUCAAAUUAUACCGGCAGCGCGUCCGUCACCACCAAGAAACUGUACUGUAGCAACUGCCAAUGAUUCCAACUGGAUCGACGAGUCCAUCAAAGAAGAAGCGAACGACUAUUUCGUCGUGAGAUGCGUUGCUGGUUAUGAUGGGGGUCUCCCACAACUGGUGGUCCUCGAAGCCUUGGACCCUAAGACUGGAAUCGUAAGAUUCAAUGUAACAGCUAACGAAACAAAUGGAGUAGCUGUGUUCCUGGUCCCCGUAGAAGUACUGUGGACGAGCGGCAACGCUUUACGUCUCACUGUGCACUCGAAGAAUGACAAAGGCGCCUCCGAAAGAAUUGUCAUACAAGCACUCUCUUAUCAGGAUCCAGAAAGGAGGACAGAUGGAAGUCAGAAUCUAAUGGCGGGGAUGUCGAGCGGAGCGUUUUGGUCGAUCGUACUCACAAUGGCUCUUUGUACCUGCGUCGCGUUAUUAGCCGGAGUCUUUCUGAGAAGAAAAAGAGCACGCUCGGCAAGUAAACAACAUUCGCCUGAACUCCAAUUAAAUUCCGGGGAUGGACAAUAUGUCGUUGCCUACACGUUGAAGCCGCCUAAACAAGCACAGCCAGAUAUUUUAAAUCCGCCACCUGACGGGAGCCCUCCAAGCCUGAAGUGUGGGGUGGAGGCUGUCAAAAAUGGGACUCUUCAUACGAGUGACGAGUGGUGCGAGCGAGCAACCCGCGCGUCCGAACGGCAAGUUAGCAUAUCGGAAAAAACUUCUAUAUCGUCAACGAGUACUGUUGCGAGCAAGCCAGUCGCGAUAAGUACAUCCACGUUAAGUAGAAGAGAACAUCAAAUAGCCGAAGAAAUACCAGGGCCGGAGAGUUGUGUAUAG